GGAAAGCCGGAGAAGCGCAAAACGGGAAAAAAACGUCAUGAAUGGGAUCAGAGAUUAUUUCCCUCUCCUGGUUGUUCUGGUUGCAGUCGUGACGGACAUGGAAGCUAAAGCAGCCUCUGCCUCUGAGGAUGGUCCGUCUUUUACCAACAGUGGGGUCAGCCUGUACUCUACAACCCAGGACACGGGCAGGAGGCUCCCCAUGGUCACCACUGCCCCCCCUGUCAAUGUCCCAAACCACCACUCCCUCUACAGGAAUCCCCCCCAACGCCAGGCCCCAUUCGGUCCUCACAGUCAGCUAAACUACUUUGAAGACAGCGGGGGAUCCAGCUCACACCACAGCUCUCAACCCACAUUCUCCACCUCAUCAUCCAGGACUCCACUGGAUAGUGGUGAUAAAGGGCCUUCAGAUGAGACUGCUGCAGGCUUUAACAUACAAACAACCCUUGUAAUGCAGGCAUUAGGAGCCACUUCUCACUCCACCAUCCCUGUUCCAGUCACCAGUGUGGUUUUAAAGGAUCCAGGACAUGCUGCCAUCACCCCCUCUUCUGCUACUGCUGCAAGGGAGAAGGAUGUGAGGCCAGAUCAGCCUGGACUGAAGCAGAAUGCGAGGCCCAGCAGUGAUGAAGAUGAAACAACCACCACCACUAUUACCACCACCACCAUCACCACCACCAUGCAGAGUCUAGUUCCCUGCCAGCAGAACCUGACUGGGCCAGAAGGAUACGUAGAGGCUCCACCACAGUCCAGCUCUGCUUUUCACUCCACUACGGACUGUAGCUACAUUAUCACUGUUUAUUUGGGCUUUGGAGUGGAGGUCCAGGUGAUGAAUGUGAAUCUAUCUGACGGAGACAAGGUGGUGUUUGAAGAUGUGGGCCACGGGGAGAACACCAUGCUGGCCAAUGAGUCCAUUCUGAUAAGAGGGUUGGUAGUACGAAGCCACAGCAAUCAGAUCUCUAUCCGCUUCCACAGCCAGAGGUCUCAGGGUGGCUCAGUCCUGCUCAGAUACCAAGCCUUUGUGUUGAGCUGUGUCUUCCCCCAACGGCCUCUCAGUGGUGAUGUAUCAGUGAGUAGUCUCCACUCUGGAGGGGAGGCUUUCUUCUCCUGUCUGACUGGCUACCAGCUGCAGGGCCCCAGUGUGCUCACCUGCCGCAAUGCUAGCACCCCCUACUGGAGUGGUAAAGAACCACACUGCCAAGCUGCCUGUGGUGGUUUGAUCCGGAACGUCACAGUCGGUCGGAUCGUCUCUCCUGGUUUUCCCAGCAACUACAGCAACAAUCUGACCUGCCACUGGCUGCUGGAGGCCCCUGAGGGCCAGAGACUGCACGUCCACUUUGAGAAGGUAGCGCUGGCUGAGGAUGAUGAUCGGGUGCUGAUCAAGAAUGGCAACAGCAUUGACGCAGCAGCCCUGUAUGAUUCAUACGAGGUGGAGUAUCUGCCCAAUGAAGGUCUACUCAGCGCAUCUAGGCAUCUUUUCAUUGAGCUGACCACAGACGCUACAGGCACAUCCACUGGCAUUGCCAUCAGGUAUCAAGCCUUUUCAGCAGGCCACUGCUACGAGCCCUUUGUGAAGUACGGUAACCUGACCAGUAGUGACAACACUUGGGCAGUGGGAGCUGUGGUGGAGUUUGCCUGUGACCCGGGCUAUACUCUGGAACAGGGUUCUAUCACCAUUGAAUGCAUGGACCCUAACAAUCCCCAGUGGAAUGAGACCGAGCCUGCCUGCAGAGCUGUGUGUAGUGGUGAGAUCACAGAUUCAGCUGGAGUGGUGCUGUCGCCUAACUGGCCUGAAGCCUACGAUAAAGGCCAGGACUGUAUCUGGGGAGUCCAUGUCGAGGAGGAUAAGAGGAUCAUGCUGGACAUUCAAGUGUUGAACAUUGGGAAGAAUGACCUGUUGACCUUUUAUGAUGGAGACGACCUUACAGCUAAAGUUCUGGGUCAGUAUGGAGGAUCAAAGUCCCGAUUCAAGCUCUAUACCUCCACUGCAGAUGUCACCAUCCAGUUCCAGUCGGACCCUGCCACCAACGUCUAUGGCUAUGGCAACGGUUUCAUAGUCCACUUCUUUGAAGUCGCUCGUAAUGACACCUGCCCUGAGCUUCCAGAGAUCUCUAAUGGUUGGAAGAGUACAUCUCACCCUGAGUUGGUUCAGGGCACCGUGGUGACCUACCAGUGUUAUCCUGGUUAUCAGGUGGUGGGCGCUGAGCUGCUCAUGUGCCAAUGGGACCUCACCUGGAGUGGUGACCUACCAAGCUGUGAGAGAGUGGUGUCUUGCGCUGACCCUGGAAAGGUGGAGCACAGCCGGCGGGUGCUGUCAGGUCCUCAUUUCACUGUGGGUUCAACCAUCCAAUACAUUUGCAACAAGGGCUUCACUCUAUCUGGAAACAGCCUGCUCACCUGCUUCAACCGAGGCUCCUCGGGCCCCAAGUGGAACCAGAAGCUGCCUAGAUGCCUGCCUGAGACUUUUGAAUCCUGCAGUCACCCAGGAACCCCCACCUAUGGGAUCCCCAGCUCCAACAAGCUCCAUUUCCAGGCUGGAGAGACCCUCCACUACUCCUGCCUGACAGGCCACCAGCUGCUGGGUGAGCCUGUUCUCCACUGUGUCCCUGGACACCCAUCCCAGUGGAGUGGGCUGCCACCUGUCUGCAAGGCCCACCCAACGGAAUAUGAUGAGCACAGAUUAGAUGUGUCCACUGCAAUCCUAAGAAUGGAAGGGGGCCAAGUAGCAUUUGCUGUCUUCGUCCCCGUCAUCCUCCUCUUCAUCAUCAUCAUUGGGAUCUACCUCUAUUUCUCAAAGGUUCAGAGGAAGCCAACACGGCUCUCCCCGUCCUCCAGCUUACCAUAUGAAAACAUCACUGGGGAAAAUACGUUUGACAACUCCAUUUAUGAGACAACAAACAAUGAGGAAACAAGAGAAUACGAGGUUUCAAUCUGAAGACGCCAGCAUAGGACACCACACCACCCCUGGAAAGGCUGGGCCACCGGAUUAUUUUUCUAGCUCUUCAACAGUAACGGUUCAGCAGCAGCAGUCUGUACAGUUUUUAAUCCUGUGCUCACAUCCUGAGGACUUUCAGAGCUACGCACCAUCUCAGAAAGCAGAGGGAAUCAAUGCUAAGAUAGUACCAUUAAGUGCACAUAACACACAUGUUAUGUACAUUAUACACUGUAUGUCUCUUGCCGCAAUUUAAAGAAUCAUGCUUAUGGAUUUUUGGGAUGUCUAAUAAGAGUAAGAUCUUACAAAUGUACAACAACUGCAUUUGCUUUCAUCAGUAUGACCAAAAAUGUUGCUCUUUGAAUUGAUGCAACCUUCUGAGAUAAUAAAUCAGA